CUUCACGCCCCCUCUGUGACGCCCUGAGCACGCUCGCCGCUGCCGCUGUUAGGCCGCCCCCUGCAGGCGCCACCGCUCAGUGCUGUCGCCGCCUCGGCGGGAGCAGCAGCGCAUCUCUGGCUGGGAGCGUCGAGGGCUGCGAGUCGCGGCCGCCGCUCAGGGCUCGGCUCUCGGCUCUUCUCUUCCUCUCCCCGCCCAGGGCGCCUCCUGCAGGGGCGAAGCCCUCGUCCCCGCCGCAGCAUGCAGAGACUCAUCGGACUCCUCGGGAGGGUGCGGGAGCGGGCGCCGUCCAGCAGCGCUUCCGCGCCCUGCGCCGCCGGCGACCCCGAGCUGCGGGAAGAUGGCCGGGGCGGGCUGCACAGCAUGGCCGCCCGCGGUGACCUGGCUCAGCUGCGGCGGUCGUGGUGGUGGAAGAGACUCCGCAUCAACUGGCGGAACGCGGAGAGGCAGACGCCUCUGCAUCUUGCUUGUGUGAACGGCCAUGCAGAUGUUGUUCGAUUUCUAGCAAGAAAGAAGUGCCAACUAAACCCUCGUGACAAUUUUAAGAAAUCGCCACUGAUGAAGGCGGUAGAGCACCAGCACGAAGACUGUGUGGCUAUUCUGCUGGAGCACGGUGCCAGCCCUAACCUCAGAGAUGGCAGUGGCAACACUGCCCUUCACAUGGCUGCCUUGCUUCCUAGUAAACCUCUAGCGGCGCUGUUACUUGAGCACAAUGCCCAUAUUGAUGCUCAGAAUAAAUUGGGAUACACUCCGCUCACUACUGCAAUCACCAGGUGCCAUGAAGAGAUGGUCGAGUUCCUUCUUCAAAAAGGAGCUGAUGUGCAUGCUCAAGACAACCAUAAAAGGACCCCUCUUAUGAUUGCUGCUCUUGUUGGGGAUCUGAAUGUAAUACAACUCCUUCUUCGGCAUGGUGCUGAUAUUUCUCAUAGAGACCAGUUCAACUAUACAGCUAUGUCUUAUGCCCAUAUGCACCCUGAAUAUCCUAGUAUUUCUACACACCUGAAGGAAAACAAGGCCUGUGAAAUGAGAGAAGAAUGUUCUAUCAGGGGUGCAGAAGACAUAGCAGGACUUAACAGCUCUUCCUCUGGAAAAACUACUGACAUGUCCUUGGGUGCUCCGCAACUACCUGAAGCAGGUAGGAUCGUUUAGCAUCAAGAAGGUGA